AUGUUAAAUGCUUUGCAGCCAAGGCAGCUGCGGGGGUGCGGGGUUCGCAGGCCAUGCAGAGGAGGGGGUUCACGGGAAGCUCGGUUCCUCAGCUCUCUGCACCUGCAGCUCUCUGGGAGGGCCUUUGUCCAGGGGGACAGCCACUUUACCCAUGGAACGUCGAGCCUUCCGUGGGCUCACACCUCCAGCACCGCCCUGCUUCCCACAUUCAGUGAUUCACGAGCUCCUCCUGUUUCCCCUCACUGCAUCCUCCCAAGAGAACAGCCCAUCUUCACUACGCGGGCACAUGUCUUCCAGAUCGACCCCAGCACCAAGAAGAACUGGGUCCCUGCGAGCAAGCAGGCAGUCACCGUUUCCUACUUCUACGAUGUCACCAGGAAUAGCUAUCGCAUCAUCAGCGUGGAUGGAGCCAAGGUGAUUAUAAACAGCACCAUCACACCCAAUAUGACCUUCACCAAGACGUCGCAGAAGUUCGGGCAGUGGGCUGACAGCAGAGCCAACACGGUGUUUGGCCUGGGGUUCUCCUCGGAGCAGCAGCUAACAAAGUUUGCAGAGAAAUUUCAGGAGGUGAAAGAAGCUGCCAAACUAGCCAGAGACAAGUCCCAGGAGAAAAUUGAGACCUCGAGCAAUCAUUCCCAGGUGUCCAGCGUCAACGGGACAGACGAUGAAAAGGCCUCUCAUGUGGGUCCUGCUGACACACACCUCAAGUCUGAGAACGACAAGCUGAAGAUCGCCUUGACACAGAGUGCCGCCAACGUGAAGAAAUGGGAGAUGGAGCUGCAGACCCUGCGGGAGAGCAACGCCCGGCUGACCACAGCGCUGCAGGAGUCGGCCGCCAGCGUGGAGCAGUGGAAGCAGCAGUUCUCCAUCUGCCGCGACGAGAACGACCGGCUCCGGAACAAGAUUGACGAGCUGGAGGAGCAGUGCGGCGAGAUAACCAGAGAGAAGGAGAGGAACACGCAGCUCAAGAGGAGAAUCGAGGAGCUGGAGUCGGAACUGCGGGAGAAGGAGACGGAGUUGAAAGACCUCCGCAAACAAAGUGAAAUCAUACCUCAGCUCGUGUCAGAGUGUGAAUACGUCUCUGAGAAGUUAGAGGUAAGGGUGGAGGGGGCGCAUCCGUCUUGGCUCCGACCAGAAGGAAUGCGGGGUGCGACGCGUUUCUCUGGGGCGCCCCCUCUCCCAGCUCCCCUGGGGAAGCAGAGUGACGUUCUCGUCAUGAGAAGCCGGCACCACCUGCAUGCCAGUUGCCGUCUCUGCCGCCGGCUGGACUCAGCAGUGUUUCUGCUGUCUCCACCUCUGCCAAGGUGUCCCGUGCGUAGCCGUAGCGCAGGGGCUGUGUCCCGCCCACAGAGCUCUCCACAGAGCCUUAGGGCGGUGAGGAGCUGGCCCAAGGGCGGGGCGGAGAGCGUAAGACCCGGAGUGAGGCCACCUUGCCACUCCCCAGCCAGUGACCUUGAACACGACCUUGGGCAGCGCCCCCUCACUGGCCUCAGAUUCCUGAUCACAGCCUCUUUCACCUCCCCCUACUUCAGGAGUGCUCUAUUCAGGUAUGCAACCCCACUGUUAGUCACUGGUUCCCGUAUACCCAGAAAGUCAGGUGCUCACUGGAUGUGGGGAGAACAGGCCUGCCCCUCGUUUACGGACUCACAGCCACCCUGCGCUUAGGAGGAGCUCGACCGGCUCCCUGGCCACACCACCUGAUCCCGGAGCCCCUCCUGCCUCACUGAAGCCAGGGAGGCCUCGGCCUCUCCGUGGAACCGGGGAAAUAAGUCACUGCCCCGUUUGUCCCAUUUCUCUCUCCCGGAAUGGAACUCACAUGUGGCCUCUGCAGACCCUCCUGGGACCAGGGCCGAAGAUCCCUUGUGCUGGGCCUGCAGACUUUCUCUGCCGGGCGCUUUGUGAAAGGGCCCACUUGCCUCCGGCUCCCCCAGGCAGGACCCGAGCUCUGCAUUCCGUGUAGGGCCAUCCUUUAUUUAUUUAUUUUUUUUAAAGAUUUUAUUUAUUU